AUGGCAAUUAAAGAGGGCAGGAAUGGGAAGCUUUACGCUGACUGUGUACCAUGGGGUCGAUUUGGUUAUGAGGAAGGGACGUUCCGGUAUUUAGGGGGAGAGAAGACAGUUAUCAAAGAUGUUGAUAGUGAUUGCUGGUCUUUGUUUGAGGCAUAUGCGGAGCUGAGGCAGUUCGGAUACACCAGAGAGGACAUUUCAGCUCUGUGGUAUAAGGAUCCAUGUAGUGAAUGGAUAGAGAAUGCCCUGAAAUUAUUUGCUACGGAUAAAGAUGCACUUAAGAUGUGCAAAAUAGCAAACUUGAUGGGGCAUGUUGAGGUGUUUGUCAUGCAUGUGGUUGAGGAUGCAGAAGAAUUUCCUGAAGCUGGAUUUAUUGAUGUGGGAGGCCGAACAGAGGAGAAUCUGGGUAAUGAGUUAGUGGUUUAUGAGGGUGAAAAAGAUGAAGAGAUGGAAAAUGAUGAUGUGCAAAAGGGCAGUGAAGGAGAUAAGUUAGAUACUGAUGUGGGAGCUGAAAAUGAACUGGCUGAGACAAAUAGCGAUGAUGACAGCGAUGAUGAGGAGUUUAUUCCAUCUGAUCCUGAGGGUGAUAGUGCAGAGGAGGUUCAUUUUACAGAUAGUGAUGAGGAAUAUGAUGAUGAGAGUGGGUUUGAGAUUGAUACAACUGUGAAGGGUAGUAAGAAGGUUGAUAAAGAUAAAGGCGUUAUGAAUGGCGAUUUUAGUGAUGAGGAAGGCUUUAAUAGUGAAGAAGUGGACUUGGAGUAUGAGCUUGGUGUUGGUUCAGUUGAUGAGGAAGUAGAAGGGGAAGAUAAGAAUUAG